GAUCUAAGUGGCGGGGAGUGUCGCGGGUGAGCAAAGCCCGGAGAAGCGGAGCGGGCCUGGGACCCCGGGAGUGGCCGCAGGCAGCGCCGCGUUCGUCGCCCCCCCUCGAUUUCAGGAGACGCGCAGGCCAAAGACUGAAAGGAUCUACAGAAUAUAAUGAAAUAUGUAGCUUGGAAAAGCUUUCCAAACAAUUUCCACUCAUCCUUACUGAUGAGUCACAAUCAGAAUAUGAGAAGAUCAAAACUCCCACAGUGUCUGUUAACACAACAGGCUGUGCUUCCUUAUGAGAAAUGAAUAUAAAAUUGCAGAUUACUGAAGAAAAGUUAACCCCAAGUUGUGAAAAAUGCUCAAGAAACAGUAGCUCCCGAAGUCAACCAGGCACUUCAUUCAUGACUCCUAUGGACCAUGCAGGGGAAUAAGAAACAAGCAGAUGGACAGAGUGACUCCUCCAGCAUUGGAAGCCUGCUGGACGACACCGACAGAGAAGUGUGCAGCCUCACUGACCGAGCUUUCAAAAGUCUGUGCGUGGCUGAGCUCCAAACACCUUACACCGAUGCAGAUCCUGUAGGGCCACCCAACACCUCCCACCAGUUCUCUAGCAAAUUCUUUCACGGCCCCUGGAAUUAUGCCCUCAAGAGAAACACCGACUUCCACAAGCAACUCCCAAAAACGGAGCAUGCAACAUUCCUACUUUCCAAAGCUUCUAACAACUCCAAAACUCAUGAGGAUGAAAAGUAUUCUAUAGUCAACCCAAGCAUAAGAAGAAAGCUGGAUUUGCCAUUGUCCAAUCUGCACAACUGUACACAUAUCUCAAAAGUGUCUUCUUUGAUAAAGACCUUUGAUAAGGUUGACAAUCAGGUCUCCCUACUGAUAGCCAGGCAGCCAGCAAACAAUAGUUUGACCGAAUGUCCAUUAAUAUGUGGAGACAAUAUGGCCUUUUGGGGUGACAAAAGAAUCUUAAACCUCCAAAAGGGGAUCUCUGAACUUCCCGACCCGUGUCCAAGCAAAGCAAAUCCAAGCGACAAACGCAAAGAACAUAGCAAAUUGGAUCACCUGGUCUGUCGAAGCGUUCCUGCCUCUCAGCCUUCUCAGGCAAAGGUUUCAAAUACACCCAAGUUCAGCAUCUCGAACAAGAUGGUGAAAACCAGAAGUGGGAAAGCGAAAGAAGUUGCCAGAAAAAGUAGCUUUCUCCACAGUGAAAACAGCGCUUUUGAGUCAUGGAAUGCACACCAUAGAAGAAUAAUUGAAACGGGAGAGAUGAUGCUCACAGAGGGCAGCCUCGGAUACUUCGAGGAAACACCUUUCUUUAAGGUGAAGCCUUGCAUUUCUGAGCCGAAAGCAAUAGGUGCCUUCGUGCUAGAAGAAAGCUCCUCCGAUGGCUCUUUGCCAAAGCCUCUCUCCAAAGCCUCCCUCUCUUCAGUGCCCCUGGCAGAGGUAUAUCUUCCUUCCCCGGCUGAUGCAAAAACUACGGUUGCCCAACAGCUGUUACCCCAGGUCCUUGCACCUGUGUACGAGAGUCCUUCUCCAACCUCCCCGACAUCUAGCAUGCUUUUCCCACCAAGAGUGUCCCCCUCCGUUCCAGUGUCCAAGGCGCCAAUCCCCCCAUCACCUUUCCCUCUGCUCUCUUUCCCUCCAGAAGCAACCUUCCACCGCACAGAUGCGCAGGGAAUUCUGGUGCCACCCAUUGCUGAACUAGCAGAGAAAACCACCAAGCCAGAAUUUGCACUUAGGGUAGGAAAUGGCGGCCCACCACCCUGGAGGAAACAAAAGACUACUCUUAGUAGAAUGAAACUGGCAGAAGUCAGAGCAGCCAAAGUGUUAGAAAUAAAAGAUGCACCUGGGGUCACCCCUUUGGCCGAAACAGCUGCGGCUGAGUCACGAGUGAUUUUGUCUGAUCCUUCCUUUAGCAUGUCAGCCCUCCUGACUCCGGUCCCACCCCUGAAGCCUAAGAAUGAAGGGCCAUCGGGAAACCGGCUACUGGUGGUGACUCCAUUUAUACUGGAAGCUGGAGCAACCAAAGAACCCGAGGAGAGGGCCUUUUAUUCUCAGAAUGAUUACAAGUCUAAAGCGCCACGUUUACUAUUUAACUUGAAAGACAUCCGGAAACGUGUGAAAAGCACUUACAGCCCCUCCCCUCUCCUGAGAGCCCUGGAAGACAAAAACAAGAUGAAAGAGCAGCUCCAACUGAACGCAACUGUUAUGGCAACCAAUGUAUUGGAUGAUAGCCAUAAAAAAAUACUUGGCGGUACUGAUAAAGUUAAUAUAUUUGAACAAAUGGGCUACGUUCAGGAAAAGGACAAUUUCACCAGUAUGAAUGAGAAUUUUAUCAGCGAUGAAGUACUGUUGAGCUUGUCUAAGUCGAGGGCAGGUAUUUUAAAGUAUCAAAAUAAGAAUCAUUUGCAGCAAAGUGAUUCUGUAUAUGCAGAGGACGUGGAGAUGAUUUCUGUGCAUGAACACAAUAAAACUCAACCUGCUGCUUCAUCCAAACCUCACCUGACAGAUGUGGCAGCCGUACACCAAGAGGACGUGCAGGAACAUAAAUAUAAAAAGGUCACUUUGGGUCAAGAUGCCGAUGAAGCUUCUAAAAAUCUAUUUCAUCCAGCUGAAGAAAACACAAGCAACCCUGAAACUCAGGCCUGCUCCUCAGCUGGAAAUGACCCCAAGGACAAAAGAAGCGCCAGUUCUACUGAGCAAUCUGUUGUUGUUACCACGGCCGAGCAACCAUUUCAGGGGACGCCCCGUUCUCUAAUGCAGCUUUUCCAGAAAGCCUGUCUCCAGGAGAGCCAGAGAAGGAAAAAUGAUGUGGAUGGAAGAGAAGAGCAAAGCAGCAAAGAGAAAGCCAAGGAAAAAGAUUUGCACGACCACCUUCUUAGCAACGGUGAGUCUGCUGUGGAUGAAACCGGCAAGGAGAAGAACGAAAAGGAGGAACUCCCGCAAGAGGAGAAGGAAAACGGCAGCUGGAAAAGCUCAGACAGUGAAGCUGGAAGCAAGCCAGGAGAGCCCCUGACCCCGACUCCAUCGAGUGUCUUGAAGCCCACUCUGUUCACCAUAAAGGACAACACCUUUAAGUCGCCCCCCGUGACUAAGGCGAUCAAGCUGCCUCUGCUCAGGUCCUUGUCCUGUGAGGAAGCCACUCCAAACGCCCAGGAGAACCCCAAGAAUGCCGAGGAGGAUGGGUUGGGGUCUCUCCAAGAGAGCAGGGGCUCUCAAGAGGCCAGCAAGAGUCGUCCAACAGCAAACCACAGCUUUAGUGAAGGAUUGGAUAAUUUUCCUAGGGUGGCAGAUUCUGAGGAAAUGGAUUGUUUAUCAGUGUUUUCAGAGGAAGAAUUAAAAAGCCCUGAGAAAUUAUCUAUUUCCAAAGAGAAGGUCAGAAUUAGGCAGCUGAGGUCCAGUUCUGCCAUUCAGCCAAAUCUAGACUUGGAAAGGGAGGAAAGGUCCCCUAUAAGAGAAAGGAUACAUUAUAGGAAGAACCGUGUCUUCACCAGACCAAGAGGAGGCCCUUGCGUUAAAAAAAUAAGUCCAGAGGGAAAGUCCCCCAUUGCAGCAGAGAACCACGCUUCUUCUCCUGUUUCCAGGGAUGCCUUUGGAUAUCCACCAUCUCUGUUGAGUGACUCAGCAGGUUCUGCCCUGCAAAGUCCCAGGUCAGAUACUGUGGUGCCACCAGCUUCCAUGGGUCCAUUGCCAGAUACAACUGCAAAUGUCAACAUAUCGCAGACUGAAAAAGCAGCAGAUUGUCCACUAUACAAAGCAAUAGGAAGUCUGGACAAACCUUCCAAAACACCCCAACUUGACCCAGAACGAACGAGUCAGCUCCCUGGAGAUGCUGAAAGUCCUUUGGGGACAAAUGAAAGACUCCAGCUGGUAAGUCAAAUGGGAAGGACAACAGCCAAACCCCCAACGGUGCCACCCAAGACGGAAAAGGCAUUACGGAGGGCAAAGAAGCUGGCAAGUAGGAGGAAAAAGAUGGAAGCGCAACAGAAAAAGCUUCAGGAUGAAACUCUAGCCCAGAAUGAAGAUGCUCCAUCCCUGACCCCAGUCCAAUCUCUGCAGUCUCUUGUCUGCCCCGGUUCUCCCUUGACUGCCCCAAAAUGUGACCUGAUAAAGCACCAACCUCCGCUCUCCGUAAGCCCCAUGGCCUCUUUGCCGGCCACUCAGCGGAAGCUGCUCCAGGAUCCGGAUUCAGGGGAGUUCUUUAUUGUAGACUUACCUCUUCGGUUAAAGAUGUUUUAUGACCCAGAAAGCGGUAGACAUAUCCAAGUGUCAGUUCCUUCCUCCCAAAGGGACUCGUCUCAGACACCCUCUUCAGAGAUGUCCUUUUCCCCUUGUGCCUGGGCUCCCAGCUCUCUCCCACCCAGAGUGGCUUCUGUCCCGACCCUCCCGUCCUCCGCUCGGCUUUCUGAAAGGUUCACGAAGGCCCCGGGGUCGCUUUCAGAUAAGCCUCUAGGGGCCGCCUGUCUGGGAUCUUUUGAGGGUCCGCCCUGCCCAGACUCAGCUCUGCUUGAUAUUCACAGGCCAAAUGUGGAUGGGUCCCCCUCAAACUUUGAAAGGGAUAUGAGCGCCUCUGCUACUACGGAGAACGCUUCGACGGGUUCGGCCGAAGAGUUUGCGGUCGAAGGCCUAUUGUGAGAGCCUUUGGGGUUUGCUAUUGUUUUAGAAGAAUUACUCUGCAUACCUGAAAGCCCAAAAGGUUUUCCACUUGCACAGCAAUUAUAACAAAAUAAUAUCACUUCUCGGCCUUUUUGCUAAGAUCAACUGUAGAAUAAGAAAACAUAGUAAUGCGAAUUCACUUUUUUGUUUACUCUGAACAAUUCUAAUCUAUUAAUGACCUUUCUGUACAUUUGAUGUACAACACAGAAAUACUUCAACUUGACCGCCUGAGGGUUGGGUUGGAGCAACCUGAAUUCAUACCUCACGACUCAGUUAUUCAUGAUCAAAAACAUAAUUCUGAGUUCAGACAUCAGGUUUUAUAUGAUUUGAAGAGAAACUGGAGUAUAACAUCAGGUUUUGAAACUGAGUAAUUGAAUUAUAUUUGGUUAAUAUAUUUGAAGUGAAAUAUGUCCACAUUUCACAUUUCUGUUUUCCAUUGCUUGUUAUGUUGGCAACACAGUGGUGAAGAAAAACUAGCAUGUUUUUUUUAAAAUGUGUACAUUUGCAAAACUACUAAAAAAAAGGUAAAGGCCAGGCCAGGCCUGGAUCUAGCUACCUUCUGUUGCCCUCACUCUUGAGUGGCCAGGGAUCAG